GGGCGGGAGGUGAGCGGGGCCGAGGGGAAGGGUGGAUGGGGAGGAGGCUCUGGGUCCCCCGCGACACCCCCACCGUGUCCCCGGUCCCCCAGGACACCCCCGCCCCGUCCCCCCGCCCCGUCCCCCCGCCCCAGCCGUGUGAGGAACCGGCAGCUCCUCGGUGCGGGUGGGCGGGGUUGAGGUAACGCUUGAGCCUCCGGUCAGGGGAGCCCAGGGCCCUUCCUGUGGACUCUUCGUGUCUUUUGCCUCGGUUCCCAAGUGUAACUUUCCCAAAAUGCAGCGUUUGUUGCUUCAGGAUAAAGAAAAGCUGUCAAUACAAGCCCAUCUGCAAUGUAAUGGCAAAGUAUAAGAAACGCCGACGAAAACAGAGAGCCAGAGCAAAAUUUGUGCUUGAAAAAAAUAUAGAAGCUGCAAAGCCCCAGGACUCAGUUUGUUCUUCUCCUUGGUCAGCAGGUGAUCUUCCUCUGAACGUAUCAUCUGUCCCAAGCCAUCUGUCCUCACUCUGGUCAUUGGCCUUGCCCAGUGUCAAAAAUGUGGUAAAACCCUUUACGACAACAGCAUUGUUGUUGUACUGUUGGUGCCAGAACACGGUUGCACAGAGUUUUAAGGUGGUUAAAGACACCAUAUUUCCGUCACAAAUCUACUUAAGGGAGCUGAAUACGUUCAGAGAGCAGCUGGAAAAGUUGGAAACUGAAUUUUCCAGACUACAAGGGACACUCCAGACAAAUGGAGUUGCAGCCUUGUCUUCAGAAAAUUCCCUUUGUCAAAAGUGUAAUAAACCGGUUCUGGGUGUUCCUGUACAAACACCAAUGGGCCCAUCACCAAUCUCCGGGCCUUCUGCACCGCAACAGCAGCCUGUGUCUGCGCCCCCGCCUGUAUCUGCGCCCCCGCCACCUCCUCCGCCUCCACCACCGCUGCCCCCACCAAAACUGCCCCCGGCACCUCUCCUCUUCAAACGGGGCAACGGCUCCAAAGCACCUCUGGCCCCAGCACCGAAAAAAGACGGGCCGAUGCAGAUCACUCUCAAAGAUCUGCUGAAUGUAAAACUGAAGAAGACGGGCAGCAACCUGAGAACGGACAAGGCAGAAUCACCAGUGAAGGCACGCAGGGCGUUAAUUACAGUCUCAGAUUUACAGAGUGUUACUCUGAGACCUAAAUCCAAGCCAUCAGCUCACGUUACAAACUCCUUAAUUACCCCUCCUAAAAAUCAGUUAGAUCUUCGAAAACAUCUGAAGAAAGUCAAUAUACAGAGAAGUCCCGGUGGCACUCCACUCAACAGCAAAGAAAACAUUGAAUGUGGCUCUGGGUUGACACCAAUAAUGACACAGGCACUGCGGCGCAAAUUUCAGAUGGCUCACCCGAGGAGCCCCUCGCCCGCCCGGUUCAGCGCCCCAAACGGCUUCGAUGAACAAAAGUAGGUUUAUGGAACAAUGUAUUUUUCACUCAUGGUCAGGAAGCCGCUUGAAUCCCAUUUUUAUCUCGCUCAGGCAAAUGUAUUUUUAAUUAAAUCUAGUGUGUAUGAGAACGGGACAUUAUUUAGCAGAUUUCUGCUUUUUAAAGGCACUGUCUAUUUAAUGACUCUCAAUCUGGUUACAUCUUAUCUGUUAAUGGCAAAAAACCCAUGAACUCUCUGAAGUAUUUGCUACCUGGCUGCUGCUGAAGCGUGGGCUAUUUUGUUCCCAGCACUGGUGCUGCUUCUGGUAUAAAUAUGUAUUUACUGAAAUUUGGUAUAAAUAUGUAUUUACUGAAA